AUGGCUUCUUUCAGUAAUAUUUUUGCAGAGGGACAAUCUCAUACUAGGCCACCACUUUUUGAUGGAACUUCAUAUUCUACUUGGAAGAACCGCAUGCAAGAAUUCCUAAUUUCAAUCCAUUGCGACCUAUGGACAAUUAUUCUAGAAGGACCAUUCAUUCCUAUGAAGGACAUCAAAGGCGAAAAAGUGACCAAGGAAUGGAAGGAACUCACAUCCGCGGACAAAUAUUUAGUGUCCAUGAACUCAAAGGCUAAGAAUAUUCUUUCUUGUGCUCUUACUAUUAAUGAAUAUAAUCGUGUUUGUUCAUGUUCUACAGCUAAAGAUAUGUGGGAGAUGUUGCAAGUCACCCAUGAAGGAACAUCCCAAGUAAAGGAACAAAGGAUCAAUAUUCUAGUACAUCAAUAUGAGAUGUUCAACAUGGAGCAAGAAGAAUCCAUAAGUCAAAUGUAUGGUCGUUUCAUGGAGAUCAUAAACCCGUUGACGGCACUUGGCAAGAUCUACUCUCAAAGUGAACAAGUCAAAAAGAUCUUGAGAUCCUUGCCUCGAGAAUGGACUCCAAAGGUGACCGCAAUCCAAGAAGCAAAGGACUUGAACAAUAUGAGCAUUGCAGAACUUAUCGGUUCCCUCACAUCCCAUGAGCUCACCAUCCUUGCAAAAGAUGAGGUAAAAUUAAAUAAAGAAAAAUCCGUUGCUUUUAAAUCUAACACUAUGCAGGACGACGAUAAUGAUUUGGAAGACUUAGAUGAGGACGAGAAGAAUGAGGAAAUCGCGAGGAUCACAAGAAGGAUAAAUCAACUACUAAAUUAUAAUCGGAACUCCUCCCAAAAUUCUCCCCGGAACCUUCGAAAAUCCUCAAAAUUUGAGAGUGAGAUAAAGUGUUAUCAAUGCCAAAAUUCCGGUCAUAUAAAGCCCAACUGCCCGUUACUCAACAAAUGUGAACGGUUCCAACGGAUGUCAAAACACAAAGGAUUAAGCACAACUUGGGAUGAUCAAGAAUUCGAAGGGGAUAUGACCGAUGAGGAAAUCGCAAAUGUUUGUCUCAUGACAAACGAAGAGACGAUUGGCAUGAAAUGA